AUGUCACAAUUUGAACCAAAGGCCUUUUUAGUGAUUAGUCUGCUAGUUUCUUUGAUCUUAGUCGGUGUUAAUUAUUCCUUUUUUUUUCUUUUUUUUUCUCAAGUCAACCCAGAAGGAGAAAAGACCCUAAUUUUUCUCUUAUCCAUCGUCUUCUUGGUAGCAAGUUUUUUUGUCUUUGUUGUUAGUCACCAAGUUAUUUACCCAGAAAUAGAUAAGGGGGAUUUAGUAAAUCCACUUCAGGUGCUGGCCCAGCUGUCGUGUCUAUUGGUUCUCUUUAGCGGCUCAAGAGCCGCUUACGCAGGCGCCAGCACCGGCUGA